GUUUUUCCGCGGCUGAGGUUGGUUCAUGGUGCCUGCGUGAGGGACAUUGGAUGACUUUGUGUUGUGUUUAGCCGGUGUAGUCGCCUUUCAUUCAUUUUGACAGUGAAAAGAGAUCGUCAACACGAUGGAGGCUCUUAUUCCUGUCAUUAACAAACUCCAGGAUGUUUUUAACACAGUGGGCGCAGAUAUUAUCCAGCUGCCACAGAUUGCAGUGGUGGGAACGCAGAGCAGUGGGAAGAGCUCUGUGCUGGAGAGUUUGGUUGGCAAAGACCUCCUGCCCCGUGGGACGGGUAUCGUCACCCGCAGACCUCUCAUCCUGCAGCUGGUUCACGUAGACCCAGAGGACAGGCGAAAGACUGGAGAGGAGAACGACCCCAAUGCCUGGAAAAAUGGACGCCUUUUCAAAGGAGUAGAUGGAGAAGAGUGGGGGAAAUUUCUACACACUAAAAACAAGAUCUACACAGAUUUUGAUGAAAUCAGGCAAGAAAUCGAAAAUGAAACAGAAAGAAUUUCUGGCAAUAACAAGGGGAUCAGUGAUGAGCCCAUUCACCUGAAAAUCUUCUCACCACAUGUUGUAAACCUCACACUGGUUGACCUGCCUGGCAUCACAAAGGUCCCUGUUGGAGAUCAGCCCAAAGAUAUUGAGCUUCAGAUCCGUGAGCUGAUCCUGAGAUACAUCAGCAACCCAAACUGCAUAAUCUUAGCUGUCACUGCGGCAAACACCGAUAUGGCUACCUCUGAAGCUUUGAAAGUUGCCCGUGAGGUGGAUCCAGACGGUCGCAGAACACUUGCUGUCGUGACUAAAUUAGAUUUGAUGGAUGCCGGUACUGAUGCAAUGGAUGUACUUAUGGGAAGGGUCAUUCCUGUCAAACUUGGACUGAUUGGAGUGGUCAACAGGAGUCAACUGGACAUCAAUACUAAGAAAAGCGUGGCAGACGCUAUCCGUAAUGAGCACGCCUUCCUACAGAAGAAAUACCCCUCCCUCGCCAACAGAAACGGAACCAAAUAUCUCGCCAGAACAUUAAAUAGGUUGUUGAUGCAUCACAUUAGAGAUUGUCUACCAGAGCUGAAGACACGUAUCAACGUUCUAGCUGCCCAGUAUCAGUCUCUGCUCAGCAGCUACGGCGAGCCGGUGGAGGACCAGAGCGCCACACUACUACAGCUCAUCACCAAGUUUGCCACUGAGUACUGCAACACUAUUGAUGGAACGGCCAAAUAUAUCGAGACAGCUGAACUGUGUGGUGGUGCAAGAAUUUGUUACAUUUUCCAUGAGACAUUUGGCAGGACACUGGAAUCAGUCUACCCUCUUGGUGGACUUACAACCAUAGAUGUGCUUACAGCUAUCAGGAAUGCUACGGGUCCACGUCCUGCUCUGUUCGUGCCUGAGAUUUCAUUUGAGCUGCUAGUGAAGAGGCAGGUGAAGCGUCUGGAGGAGCCCAGUCUGCGCUGUGUGGAGCUAGUGCAUGAGGAGAUGCAGAGGAUCAUUCAACACUGUAGUAACUACAGCACUCAGGAGUUGCUAAGGUUUCCAAAGCUUCAUGAUGCCAUUGUAGAAGUGGUCACCUCUCUGCUCAGGAAGAGGCUACCGGUCACCAAUGAAAUGGUUCACAACCUCGUGGCGAUUGAGCUGGCUUAUAUCAAUACAAAACACCCAGACUUUGCAGAUGCUUGUGGACUCAUGAACAACAACAUUGAGGAGCAGAGACGCAACAGAAUGAGAGAGAUGCCCUCAGCUGUGCCUCGUGAUAAGAUGGCCGGAGGAGCUCAGGGGGAGCAAGAAGGAGGAACAGGGACCUGGAGAGGCAUGCUGAAGAGGGGAGAGGAUGGUCAGGGAGACGAUAAGACUAAAUUGUAUAGCUCCAUCCCAGCCAGCCCUCACAAAGGACAUGCAGUCAACCUACUUGAUGUGCCUGUACCAGUUGCCAGGAAACUCUCUGCUCGUGAACAGAGGGACUGUGAGGUCAUUGAGAGGCUGAUUAAAUCCUAUUUCCUAAUUGUCCGUAAAAACAUUCAGGACAGUGUACCAAAGGCUGUGAUGCACUUCCUGGUGAACCAUGUAAAGGACAGCUUACAGAGUGAGCUGGUGGGGCAGCUUUAUAAACCCGCCGUGCUGGAUGACCUCCUCACAGAAUCAGAGGACAUGGCCCAGCACCGUAAUGAGGCUGCAGAUAUGCUGAAGGCCUUGCAGAAAGCCAGUCAGGUGAUCGCUGAGAUCCGAGAAACACACCUGUGGUGAAGUCCCGUGCAGAUGCACAGCCCCCUUCUUCUCUCACUCAAGCCCUACAGGCUGCACAGGCCCUGUUCCUUCCUGCCUGGAUUUCAGACACCCAACUUGAAAAAUGCACUGGUGUCAAUUUGUAUGUAAUGAAAAUAGUUUUAUUAUGUAUGCGAUGGACUUGAACUACAUUGAGUGCAGCACAUAUCACGUCACAGCUUCACAUCCCAUUCAGUGAUAUCUUCUCUCAUGUAUGUAAGCUACCAUGUAAGCUCCAGAUAAUGUGUGUGGCUUGUUAAAGGACUGUGUGUCCCUGAUGUAGAUAAAUUAAAGGUAGUGAUAUAAACAAACGCCUGAAUUUUUGUGUUCUGGGCUGUGCAAAUAGCUGUGCUCUAACUCGUUUUAAAUGUCAAUACGAUUUUGUUGUACUUAUGCCAUUAUAGUAAUUUAAGAAAGGAAAAGUGUUAUUGCUUCAUUUGCAACUUUUGAAAUGCUUUGAUCUUUCAUAAUAUUAAAAAAAAAAAAAAAAAGUCUACAUUUAGGACCAUUAAGAAUUUGUGCUUUAUCUUUACAGUAAAAAUAUUCUGUUGUAUAAUAUUUUUUUUAUUAAAAUCUG